AUGUAUGGGAAAGUAUAUGUGAGAGGAAAAUUCUAUGAGUUUACACCAAAAACAAUCAACAGCUAUCUAGGAACACCUGAGACUGAACAAGAAAUGGAAAUAAACAGUGAACAAGUUGCCAAGGAACUUACAGCAGGCAAUGUUACCUUCGAAAAGAACAAAAUCAAAGCAGCCUCUCUAACAAGCAAAUAUGCCAUCCUACAAAAGAUAGCACUUGCAAACUGGAUGCCCUCACUGCAUGAAUCCACAGUGAAAUGGACCUUAGCAGAACUGCUGUACAAGAUAGGAAAAGGAUUGAAAAUCAACAUGGGUGCUAUUAUUCAUACUCAAGUUACAAAUCUGGCAGAAGACACUAAAUCCAAUACCUCCCUGAUCUUUCCAAACCUCAUCUUUGCCAUCUUGACAAAACAAGGCCUCAAAACUCAAGGACCAAAGAGCAUUGUCAAGAACAUCAACCCAUCAGUGAAACUAAGAAAGGGAAACCACCAAAAUGACCUAAAGUCCUCAUCUCCAAAGAACAACCCACUUGAUUCAAAAACACUAAUUAACUACUUUGAAAGCAGACUGACAGAAUUGGAAGAUUCAGAAAAACAGCUUCUAAGAAAACACCUGAACAUCAAAGAGGAAAAAGCAGAAAUACUAGAAUGGUUGGCAAUUCUAAAAGCAGAAAAUAAAGAAGAUCAAGAGCAAGGAACAGAAGAAGACCUCCAAGAACAUUCUCAAGAAACAGAAAAUGAAGAUGACUAA